UAAGGGUUUACCUUUAGUCGCUACUGGCUCUCCGCCUAUCCCCGACAUCACAAACCAAAAGGAAAUGCAGUUCAACUGAGCCACUCUGGCGUAUUCCUUUAUUUAAAGGAAGUUUUCACGCGUCACCGCUAUCCCACAGAAUAAACACAGGAAAACAUCGUAGCCUGCGCUUUAGAGUAACUGGAUUGAUUGAAUUGAAGCAAUGUGGCGCUGCUGGUCAUCAAAUCAGGAGGAGAGAGCGGCUAUCCAGGCGGACAGAAAUAUUGAGAAAAUGAUCCGGGACGAUCGUAAACGUCUGCGACUAGAGCGGCGCUUUUACAUGAUCGGCGAGGAAAACAGCGGGAUGACCACUCUCUUCAGGCAGAUCCGAAUCAUCCACGGAGAGGGCCAUUCGGACCAGGACCGGGGGGGCUUCACCAAGAACGUCUUCCAGAACCUCUUCACUGCCAUGCAGGCCCUCACCAAUGCCAUGACCACCCUCAACAUCCCCUACGCAAACCCCGAGAACCAGCUGUACUCUCAGUGGAUCCAGGACGUGAAGCCGCAGCAGGUCUCCACGCUGGAAGCCCGGCACGCCGACGCCAUCCGCCGGCUCUGGAGCGACGCGGGCAUCAGGGCCUGCUACAGCCGCCGCCGCGAGUUCAAGCUGCUGGACUCCACCGAGUACUACAUGGAUGAUCUGGACAGAAUAGCUGCGCCAGGUUACAUCCCCACUGACCAGGACAUACUGCGGGCCAAAACAUCACUCAGAGGGCUCGAAGAGUGCGCCUUCGACAUGGGACAGCACUGCUUCAGCAGGAUAUACAGAUAUACACCAGUUACAAGAAGAAGUAUAUUACAUAGAGUAAUCGUUUCGGUGGAUUUCCUCCUCUUUGUUGCCUCUCUCAGUCAAUACGACCAGUUUGAAUCGAGCGACGAUUUCGAGAACCUCCUGAGGAUGAACUUAAAUCUCUUCAAGCUGAUUAUCAACAACCGCCUCUACCGUUCCAUGCCUGUCAUCCUCUUCCUCAACAAGAAGGACAUCCUGGCCGAGAAGAUCCAGACGUCCCACCUGCAGACCUACUUCCCCGAAUUCACAGGGAAGCAGGGUGAUGCUGAAGCAGCCAUGGACUUCAUCAGGGGCCUGUUCCAGAGUAUCGUGAUCGCGGAAGGGAGGCUCGUGUGCGUCCACUUCACCUGCGCCCUCGACCCGGGGAACAUUCGCCAGGCCUUCUGCGACAUCAAGGAUAACGUGCUCGCCUAUGUGGUACCAAGGGUGAAUGAGGGUCCACAGUGUUGGGGGGGGGGGGGCACGGAACUAAGCUAAUUAAGCCCUCCACCGAUGUCCGAUACAGAGAUAAAAAAAUAAAAACUAGAAUAAAAAAAU